GAGGCUGGCGGCGCUGUUUCCGGAAGUGAUGCAGCGACCCUUCAAACGGCCGCUCGAGCGCAGAGACGCGGUGAAAUGGCCGACGGUGUGGAUCACAUCGACAUCUACGCGGAUGUCGGCGAGGAGUUUAAUCAGGAAACGGAGUACGCUGGACAUGAUCAGAUAGAUUUAUAUGAUGAUGUCAUUUCACCAUCUGCCAAUAAUGGAGAUGCACCAGAGGAUCGUGAUUACAUGGAUAGCAUACCACAGUCUGUUUCAGAAGAUGGUGGCAAAACUCCUAACUCAUUGGGUCCAAAUAUUGUUUAUACUUACACAGGCAAGAGAAUAGCUUUGUACAUUGGAAAUCUGACUUGGUGGACCACAGAUGAGGAUUUGACUGAAGCUCUGCAUUCAAUGGGCAUUACUGAUAUUUUGGAGAUAAAAUUUUUUGAAAAUCGAGCUAAUGGACAGUCUAAAGGGUUUGCACUUAUUUGUGUGGGAUCUGAAAGUUCAUCCAAAAAACUGAUGGAUAUGCUUCCUAAACGAGAUAUGCAUGGACAGAAUCCUAUUGUCACACCCUGUAAUAAGCAGUCCCUGAGUCAAUUUGAAAUGCAGUCUCGGAAAUCCACUCAGUCUGGUCAGAUGUCUGGUGAAGGAAAGGCUGGGCCUCCAGGAGCCAACAGUCGUUUAGCAUUUUCCCAAGGUGGAAGGGGACGGGGUCGCUUCCCACCAUCUGGCCCCGGUGGGGACAGAUUCCCAGGACCUUCUGGACCAGGAGGGCCACCUCCUUUUCCCGGUGAAUAUCAAAGGCAAGGUCCACCACGUCCACCUCCAGGUCCUCCUGGUCCACCAGGCCCCCCAGGUCCGCCUCCACCUGGGCAAGGUCUUCCUCCUCCAAUGGGUGGUCCACCAAAUCGUGGUGAUCGUCCUCCACCACCAGUUCUGUUUCCAGGACAACCAUUUGGGCAACCACCAAUGGGACCGCUCCCACCUGGUCCUCCCCCACCUGUUCCAGGCUAUGGUCCUCCUCCUGGUCCCCCUCCUCCUCAACAAGGACCACCGCCGCCACCUGGCCCUUUCCCCCCACGUCCACCAGGUCCACUUGGCCCUCCUAUUAAUAUUGGUCCACCCCCACACCUUCCUGGGCCCCCUCCAGGUGCACCACCUCCAGCCCCUCAUGUAAAUCCUGCUUUCUUUCCACCACCGGCGAAUAAUGUAAUUCCUUCAUCUGACAGUCGUGGACCCCCUCCAUCAGAUCCAUAUGGACGUCCCCCACCAUAUGACCGGGGAGACUAUGGACCCGCUGGCAGAGACAUGGAUUCUUCUAGGGCUCCACUCAGUGAUGCAGAAUUUGAGGAAAUCAUGAACCGAAACAGAGCAAUUUCCAGCAGUGCAAUAUCAAGGGCCGUCUCAGAUGCUAGUGCUGGUGACUAUGGAAGUGCUAUCGAAACUCUGGUUACUGCUAUCUCUUUGAUUAAGCAGUCUAAAGUAUCUGCUGAUGACAGAUGCAAAGUUCUCAUAAGUUCACUACAAGAUUGUCUUCAUGGAAUAGAGUCAAAAUCCUAUGGCUCUGGGUCGAGAAAACGUUCACGAGAGAGGGACCACAGCAGAUCGAGAGAGAAAAGCCGACGCCACAAAGAACGCUCACGAAGUCGUGAUCGGCAUGAUGACUAUUAUCGUGAACGAAGUAGGGAGCGGGAAAGGCAUCGUGACCGUGAACGGGAUAGAGACAGAGAGCGGGACAGAGAACGGGAGUAUCGUCAUCGUUAAAAAGCUGUCUGAAGAGAAACGUCUCCAGAUUAAAGAAACAACAAAGCUCUUCACAGAAAAGACUGCCCUUUAUCCAUCUGUUGGAAUUUCAUGGUUGAACAGGAAUUCUCAGGCUACGUGGUUAAAUGGAGCAACAGUAACGAAUAAAGCAAAUCCACUGUAAUGGUAACUGAUUGCUCGAUAUUUUCUUUUAUGUUGCUUGAUUAACCAUUUUAUUUGGACACAACCUGUGUGACUUAAAAGUUACUAAAAGCUUUGGCAAUUCUUCGUAUUCUAAGCGUUAGACGUACAUGACGUGUAAACAAUUAAAAGUCGUUAGCUUUACUGUUUUUAUAGUUCUUUCAUCUUGUUUCCAAAAUUGUUAUAAAAAUGUUAAAUGUUCAAAUAAUGACUGUAAGCAGCUCAGUUUCAGUUCAUCAAAGUAGAUGUACUAUUAGUGUUGUAAUAAACUGUUAAAUGGAGCCUAUGGUUGUGUAAAUUAUGCAAGUUCUCAUUGUUUCUUGAUGUUGAAUCAUUUUGGCUGUAUGUUGUGAUAUAUUGACUUGAUAAAUUCCAACGUGUAUAAUUUUCCCAUACAUCUGGACCUUUAGUUAAUCUCCCAUUAUAGUUUUAAUAUAAAAACAUCUUAAUGUUCAUAAAAUCCAGAUGUGGUUAAUUUGGGAUAUUUUUAAACAAGCGUUCACUUCACGUUGGACAUAAAAUUCUCAGCAAUAUAAAUAUGUGACAAACACUACUUUUUGUAGAAGAACUUUUUUUGUUUUGUAUACCAAAACAUAGUAUUUUGGACUUGAAAUUUUAAUUUUAGUGAAAGGACUUGUCCUGUAUUAUGUUUUUAUAUGCCUCUGUUACCUCAUUUGAGGAGAGGAAUGGUUGUAUUUUAAUGCAGACUAUUUAUUUGGGACUGCCAAAUACUAAGAUUUUUACCUAAUUGAACACAGUACUAGACAAUCUGAAUACAGUUAGUAUAUAGACCAGGUUCUCUUUUUUUUUCUUGUAAUUGAAACUGAAAUCUCUGUACUUGUUUUCAUUUUGUCUUAAGUUUGAAUUUAAAAACCACCAAAAUUUCUACACACUGCAUUUUACAUUUUUCUGUGAAUGGGUUUCUCACUUUCAGUAGAAGAUGCAGUAAAUGUUUGGUAUUUUUCUGUAGACCUAGUUUUCUGAAAAUUAGCUGAAAAGGUAUCCAAAUGCAUUUACUUGGUUUAAGGGCAGUAUGUGUAGAUUAACUUUUGAUGGUUUUAAUGUUCCUGUACAUAUUCAGAACAAAGUGAGGAUAACAGCAUUGUCUGUAUAUUAGCACUAUUUUUGCACUGAAAAUUCAUAAAUGUCAAAUGUGUGAAAGGCAACUAUUUGGCCAAAUACAAAAAUGUUUGAGCUGUUUGAAGAAAGAUUUGGGGCUGAGGUGUGAUCAGUCAAAGUACCUGUCAGUUGAAAGAUGGUACGUAAAGAGUUUCUAAAGUGAUGCAAUAAAAACACAAUUUAAUGGGUGACAGCUAGUUCCAACAGUUAAUGGUAUUUGACUUUCCACUUGAGGCCCCUUUUGAGUUCUAGUAUUCAAUGAAAUUUGGGACUUGGCUCAAUUUUUUGCGAAUUUCUUCAGUUUUCCCUAGGGAAUAAUAUAUGUUCUUAGAUUUCAGCUUGAAAGGAAAUAUGAAUUGGAUGUAUUCUCCUCUGCCAUUGACUGUGCCUUCCUUGGGCCAAUAAUAGACAGUAUUGACAACUUCUGUAGAGGAGUUUGUUCUCCUUGCUCAUCUCCAACAGACAGAUUUACAAGACAGAAGUAGGACCUCUAAAUUUGUCUCUUCACUGUCUUGACAGUGAACAGUGUUUGGAAGAUAUAUAGCUGAAGAUUUAUUCUCAAUUUAACCCUAACUUUUCAGCAUUCAAUCUUUUAAAAUUCUUCCCUCUAGUGAAUAGUUUUGAAAGUUAAGUACAGUUCCACAAAUAAGGUUUCCUUUCCCAAUGCAAUGCCCUAGGUGCGAUCCUUUUCUGGUUAAGGUGACUUUAUUUUGGGUAGCAUGGGUGGUGAAGCGUGGUAUUUAAUGGCGGUGCUGCAAGAGGUGUGAUGAAAUGGAAGUAGGAGUUGACAUUCAUUAUUUAACAAGUGUUCAUUGUCUUGUAUAAUUACACUGUGCAAACUUUUAAUAUAGAAGUCAGUGUCUACCAUAUUUUGUAUUCAAAGAAAGAUGGUAACUUGUUUAAUUGCAAUGCAUUUGAUCUGAACUAGAAUUCAACAAAAGUAUGUUAAUAGUUGCAAAAGUAGAUCAUGUGCAUCAUGAAAUAGCUUUAUUAAGAAGCGUGAUAUGUUCGUCUUGGUGGGUUGUUGUAAAAAGGUUUUUUGAGAGGAAAAAGUAAGGUAGCUAUUUGAAUGUUAACCUUUCUAACACAACAAGCUGUUACCAGGAAACCAGGCUGCAAAAAUAAGAUUUUCAACUCUACAGGUAUGAAAUUUACAAUUAAUAUUUGUGAUUUACCAAAAAUUAUCCUUAAAGCACGUGUCAAAAAGUAAGGCUCAGGUAAGUAAAAUAAUUUUCUUAAAAAAAUAAAUAUGGAUAUUUUACUUAUCUGCUUCUAAUCAUUGACAAAGCACUUCUGUUAAAUUUUUAAUGCAGUUUUAUAAUAAAGGGCUUUUUAUAUAAAAUUGUGUUUUUAUUUAAAUGGUGUUUGAAUAAUUUACAGAUGUUCAAAUGUUGACAUCUAAUUUUAAAUGAAUAGUUCUUUGCAAUGCAUUACACCAUAUAAAUGCAAUAGUUUUUAUUUUGAAUUAUCCAAAGUAUAUUUCUGGUGUCUAAUCUAAAUCUGAAAUAUUUCUCUUACAUAAUUGGGCUUUCACCAAAAUAAUACACUCACUGGGAGUUUGAUUUUUUUGGUGUCAUAUCAGCAUAAUCUACAUGCAUUUGAACUCGAACUGAGUGCAUUAAUAGUUCAUCUUUCCUGAAUAUAGGCAAAACCCAAGUAGUUUAGCAGUGAAAUUUUCUAGAGCUGUUCUUUUUAAUGAUGGGGCUACAAUAGUACCAUUCUGAGUAGGAACCACUGUGGCUAAUGUAGAUAUCAUUAAUUCCUUAGAUUAGCCUAUCAUGUACACAUUUGUGGUUGUUAUCAAACUAUACUGUUUGGAUAUCCUUCUAUUUAUGAAUUUUAACUUGGGAACUUUGAGUUUGUUGAUUACCUGACCUUGAAGAAUAGCAAAACAAAGGUUCUGCAGGUUUCACCUUGUCCUGGGGGCUGCUUUUUGAGUGGAUGUGUUGGUGGCUACUUUUUUUGGCAAUUUAAUGGACAACUCAAAUUUUACUAGAAGAAAAAUACAAUAAAGAAAAACUAUCAAGUAGUACUUUGUUUCUACAGUCAAACUAUACCUUUUAACCAUAAUGAAUUGUUAGGUUAAAUAUGAUCAGUGUCGAUAAGAAAAUUAGCUGAAUGAAUCUCAUGUUAUCUUUUGGGUGGAGAUUUAUGGUGGUACAUUGAAGAAUUCUGCCCAUUCUCAUUCCAGAGAAAUGAAAUCCACUAUAAUUUGUCAUUUUAACAAGUUUCAGAAUCUGGCAUUUUCUGCUUCAGUUUUAGUGCUUUUUUUUUGGUGGGGGGGGAGUAACCCUAUUUAAAAUUCCUCGAAUAUAGGCAGUUUCAAUUUCAUACAUUAUUAUGCAGUUAUAACCCAAUAUUAUGCAGUUUUCAUACAAGGCAUUUUGUUACUUACCUCUGUUUAACAAGAGUUUGGCUUUGCCCAUUAUUUUAAUAGAUCAGCUUUGAAGUUCUGCAAGGGCAUUUUUUUUUUUUAACUUUAUUCAUUUGGAUAGAAAUGCCUGCAGUGACAACACAAAUGCUGGAAGAACUUGGGUCAGGCAACAUCUAUUGAAAUGAAUAAACAGUCAACCCUUCAUUAGGUUUGGCAGUCAUUGCUUUUGGAGCAAAAAUUGCUACUUAUUAUUCCAGAUGCAUCUGAACUAAUGAGCAUUUUAAAAUGUAUUUAUAAUUGUAAUACAUCACAAGUACAGCAACAAAUCUAAAAGUAACUCAACCAAUAUUAAUUCAUGCCCAAAUUCAGAAAAUUAUGUGAAGCAUGUAACAUUUAUUUGGUAAUUGCAAACUUGUCAGGAUACUUGUUGAAAUGAGGCAUGACUUACAAUUUUUCCAAAAUAUUGAUCUCAUGAUUAGCCAUCGUGGUUAAUUAUUAAUUAGUAUAUGGAUGGCCACAAAUUUACUUAACUAGGUACUGUUGGGGCUGUAGAAAAUUACAGGGUUGCUAGGAAGGAGUUUAAGAAUGGAAUUAGGAGAGACAGAGGGGGCCAUGAGAAGGCCUUGGAUUAAGGAAAACCCCAAGGCAUUCUACAAGUAUGUGAAGAGCAAGAGGAUGAACUGUGAGAAUAGGACCAAUCAGGUGUGAUAGUGGAAACGUGUGCAUGGAGUCGUAGGAAGUAGUGGAGGUACUUAUUGAAUACUUUGCCUAAGUAUUCACCGGGGAAAAGACCUUGGCAAUUGUGGGGAUGACUUACAAUGGACUGAAACGCUUGGGCAUAAAGACAUUAAGAAAGAGGAUGUGCUGGAGCUUUUGAAAAGCAUUAACCAUAUAACAAUUACAGCACAGAAGCAAACCAUCUCGGCCCUUCUAGUCCAUGCCAAAAUCUUACUGUCACCUGGUCCCACCAACCUGCACUCAGCCCAUAACCCUCCAUUCCUUUCCUGUCCAUAUAGCUGUCCAGUUUAACUUUAAACGACAACGUCGAACCUGCCUCAACCACUUCUGCUGGAAGCUCGUUCCACACAGCCACCACUCUCUGAGUAAAGAAGUUGCCCCUCAUGUUACCCCUAAACUUUUGCCCUUUAACUCUCAACUCAUGUCCUCUUGUUUGAAUCUUCCCCCACUCUCAAUGGAAAAAGCCUAUCCACGUCAACUCUGUCUACCCCUCUCAUAAUUUUAAAUACCUCUAUUAAGUUAGGUUUUCCAGGAACAAAAACAAUAUACCCUGGGCUAUUGUGGGAGGCAAGAGAGGAGAUGCUGAGCCUCUAGCAAUGAUCUUUGCAUCAUCAUUAGGGAUGGAAGAAGUACCAGAGGAUUGGAGGUUUGCAAAUGUUGUUCCCUUGUUCAAGAAAGGGAGUAAAGAUAACCUGGGGAAUUACAGACCUGUGAGUGUCACUUCAGUGAUGGGCAAGUUGCUGGUGAAGAUCCUGAGAGGCAAGAUUUAUGAUCAUUUGGAGAGGCGCAUCUGAUUAGGGAUAGUCAGCAUGGCUUUGUCAAAGGCAGGUCGUGUCUUACGAGCCUGAUUGAAUUUUUUUAAGGAAGUAACAAAAGACAUUGAUGAAGGUAGAGCAGUGGAUGUAGUGUAUAUGGAUUUCCGUAAGGCAGUUGAUAAGGUUCCCCAAUCCAGAAUCCUUCAGAAAGUAGAGGUGUGGGAUCCAAGAAGACCUUGCUUUGUGGAUCCAGAAUUAGCUUGCUCACAGAAGACAAAGGGUGGUUGUAGAUGGUUCAUGCUCUGCAUGGAGGUCAGUGACCACUGGUGUUCUGCAGGGAUCUUUUCUGGGACCCUUCUUGUGAUUUUUAGAAAUGACCUGGAUGAAGAAGCAGAAGGGUGGGUUAGUAAGUUUGCUGAUGACAAAGGUUGGGGGAGUUGUGGAUUGUCUGGAGGGUUGUUAGAGGUUAUAGGAUUGAUGUAAUACAUUGAUAGGAUGCAGAACUGGGCUGAGAAGUGGCAGAUGCACUUCAACCCAGAUAAAUGUGAAGUGGUUCAUUGUGGUAGAUCAAAUUUGAAGACAAUAUAAUAUUGAUGGUGGGACUCUUGGCAGUGUGGAGGAUCUGAGGGAUUUAGGGGUCUGUGUCUAUGGGACACUCAAGGCUGCUGCGCCGGUUGACGGUGUUAUUACGAAGGCAUAUGGUGUGUUGGCAUUCAUCAGCCAUGGGAUUGAGUUCAAGAGCCACUAGGUAAUGUUACAGCUAUAGAAGACCUUGGUUAGAGCCCGCUUGGAAUACUGUGUUCAGUUCUGGUCACCUCUCUACAGGAAGGGUGUGGAUACUAUAGAGACAGUGCUGAAGAAAUUUACAAGGAUGUUGCCUGGAUUGGGGAGCAUGCCUUUUGAGAAUAGAUUGAGUGAUCUCGGCCUGAGCAAUGGAGGAUGAGAGAUGACAUGAUAGAGGUGUAUAAGAUGAUGAGAGGCAUUGAUCGUGUGGAUAGCCAGAGGUUUUUUCCCAGGGUUGAAAUGGCUUACACGAGGGGGCAUAGUUUUAAGGUGUUUGGAAGUAGGUACAGAGGAGAUGAUGGGUAAGUUUUUUUUUACCCAGAGAGUGGUGAAUGAGUGGAAUGGGCUGCUGGCGACGGUGGUGGAGGCGGAUACAAUAGGGUCAUAACGCCUGUCAGAAUUAUGAUUGUGUAUUUGCCUCUGCCUUGAAUAACCACCGCAGGAUCUUUCAAUCCAUUUGGUAAGUGUUUAUUUCAAUUGGUUAAAUGUGCACCACCUUGCAUAAAAACCUUUAAAAUUCAUGGCCCAAUGGAUGUUUACACAUGCACGUGCUAGCAUGAAUCAUGUGAAGAAUAUAUUAUGGGAAGUGUGUCUUAAGAAACUAUUCUGAACCAAUAACAUAAUGGUGCAUCACUAUCAUAAAGUUGCGUAUAAUUCUGAUUUUAUCCAUACUUGGUGAAAGUGCACUCUACAUUAGAAUUAUGCCAAAUUUAAAUUAUUACGUUAAUACUCGAGUAAUUUUGGCAUCUAUUUCAGAUCCAUUAGUUGAAAAUGGUAUUUUUUUUUUACUAACUUGCAAGAGUAGUGAUUGUAGUAAGAUUAAUUUGUACUAAUGGUUUGCGGGAUUUCAAUUAUUUUAAUCUUGUUUUGUAACUCAAUUUAUAGAAUUCAACUAUGGGUUCACUUUAAACACUGAAGAAAGUCAGUUUUUACACUAACUUUUGUGCAGUUGCAGGCAACUGGUACCAUGCAGCUGUUUAUGGAGAGUUACGCACAAUCUUCAGAGCUGUUGCUGCUAACGGCAUACAGGGACGAGAUAUGCCAACCAGUAGUGUGGUGUUGCAGCAACAACCUGGCACUCAACGUCAGUAAGAUGAAAAAGCUGAUUGUGGACUUCUGGAAGGGUAAGACAAAGGAACACAUACCAAUCCUUAUAUAGGGAGCAGAAGUGGAGAGUGAGCAGUUUCAAGUUCCUGGGUGUCAAGAUCUCUGAGGAUCUAACCGGGUCUCAACAUAUUGAUGCAGUUAUAAAGAAGGCAAGACAGCGGCUAUACUUCAUCAGGAGCUUGAAGAGAUUUGGCAUGUCAAGAAAUGCACUCAAAAACUUCUACAGAAGUACCAUGGAGAGCAUUCUGACAGGCUGCAUCACUGUCUGGUUUGGAAGGGGCUACUGCACAGAACCAAAAGAAACUGCAAAGGUUGUAAAUCUAGUCAGCUCCAUCUUGGGUACGAGCCUCCAAAGCACCCAGGACAUCUUCAAGGAGCGGUGUCUCAGAAAGGCAGCAUCCAUUAUUAAGGACCUCCAGCAUCCAGGGCAUGCCCUUUUCUCACUGUUACCAUCAGGUAGGAGGUACAGGAGGCACACACAUAGCAAUUCAGGAAGAGCUUCUUCCCCUCUGCCAUCCGAUUCCUAAAUGGACAUUGAACCCUUGGGCACUACCUCAGUUCUUUAAUAAAUAUUACCUGUUUUUUGCACAAUUUUUAAUCUAUUCAAUAUAUAUAUAUAUAUACUGUAUUUGGUUUACUUUAUUAUUAUUUUGUUUUUUUUUCUUUUAUAUUAUAGAAAAACAUAGAAACUUAGAAAACCUACAGCACAAUGCAGGCCCUUCAGCCCACAAUGCUGUGCUGAACAUGUACUUUAGAAAUUACCUAGUGUUACCCAUAGCCCUCUAUUUUUCUAAGUUCCAUGUACCUAUCUUGGAGUCUCCUAAAAGACCCUAUUGUAUCGGCAUCCACCGCUGUUGCUGGCAGCCCAUUCCACGCAAUCACCACUCUCUAUGUAAAAAUUCUUACCCCUGACAUCUCCUCUGUACCUACCUCCAAGCACCUUAAAACUAUGCCCUCUCGUGUUAGCCAUUUCAGCCCUGGCAGAAAGCCUCCAACUAUCUGCAUGAUCAAUGCCUCUCAUCAUCUUAUACACCUCAAUCAGGUCACCUCUCAUUCUCCGUUGCUCCAAGGAGAAAAGGCCAGGUUCACUCAACCUAUUCUCAUAAGGCAUGCCCCCCAAUCCAGGCAAAAUCCUUGUAAAUCUCCUCUGCAUCCUUUCUAUAGUUUCCACAUACUUCCUGUAGUGAGGUGACUAGAACUGAGCACAGUACUCCAAGUGGGGUCUGACCAGGGUCCUAUAUAGCUGCAACAUUAUCUCUCAGCUGUUAAACUCAAUCCGACGGUUGAUGAAGGCCAAUGCACCGUAUGCCUUCUUAACCACAGAGUCAACCUGCACAGCAGCUUUGAGCGUUCUAUGGACUUGGACCCCAAGAUCCCUCUGAUCCUCCACUGCCAAGAGUCUUACCAUUAAUACUAUAUUUUCCAUCAUAUUUGAUGUACCAAAAUGAACCAGCUCACACUUACCUGUGUUGAACUCCAUCUGCCACUUCUCAGCCAAGUUUUACAUCCUAUUGAUGUCCUGCUGCAACCUCUGACAGCCCUCCACACUAUCCACAACACCCCCAACCUUUGUGUCAUCAGCAAAUUUACUAACCCGUUCCUCCACUUUCUCAUCCAGGUCAUUCAUAAAAAUCACAAAGAGAAGGGAUCCCAGAACAGAUCCCUGAGGCACAUCACUGGUCUCCAACUUCCAUGCAGGAUAUCACUUGUCUACAACCACUCUUUGUCUUCUGUGGGCAAGCCAAUUCUGGAUCCACAAAGCAAGGUCUCCUUGGAUCCUAUGCCUCCUUACUUUCUCAAUAAGCCUGGCAUGGGGUACCUUAUCAAAUGCCUAGAGUAUUCAUAUACUCUACAUCUACUGCUCUACCUUCAUCAAUGUAUUUAAUCACAUCCUCAAAAAAUUCAGUCAGGCUCAUCAGGCAUAAUCAUGACAAAGUCAUGCUGACUAUUGCUAAUCAUAUUACACUUCUCCAAAAGUUUGUAAAUCCUGCUUCUCAGGGUCUCCAUCAACUUACCAACCACUGAAGUAAGACUCGCUGGUCUAUAAUUUUCCUGAACUGUCUAUACUCCCUU